AUGAGACUUCUCUGUCUACUGCAGCUGGUCUGCUUGGCUAGUUGUAGUGGCUCCAGAACGAGAGACUGGGCUCAUCAUGGUGCCCCCAUGUUUGCCGACCUCACAGUACGUGAGAUGAAAGCUGUCCGGGCGUACCUGCAUGGUAUCCCAGAGCUGGAUCUCACUGAUGCUCGUAGCAAGACUCUGAUGAAGAACAGCAUCCUCCUGAUGGAACUCCAUCUGCCGAGGAAGCAUGAAGCCCUGAGAGUUCUGGACCGUGGACAGGCCAAACCCCCACGUCAAGCCCGUGUAAUCGUCCAGUUGGGUAACCAGACCAAUCCUAACAUCACCGAGUACAUUGUCAGUCCUCUGCCAUCCCCAAACUCCCACGAAGUCAAGACGUUCAAAGGGGAUAGGCCUAUCCGUUUUGAGUCAAGGCCUAUUACCUCUGCAGAGUAUGAACAUGUAACUGACAUCCUCAAGAAGAUCACAAACAAAGCUCACAAGCUCCUGCUCGAGACCACAGGAGGGUUUUCUUUCACUAACUGCUCAGACCGCUGCCUGACAUUCUCAGACAUAGCCCCCCGUGGACUGGGUCCAGGUGAGAGGAGAACCUGGAUCAUGUUGCAGAAGUUUGUGGAGGGUUAUUUCAUCCACCCAGUUGGAUUUGAGGUGAUGAUCAACCACCGGGACCUGAAUCCAGAAAAGUGGACUGUCGAGAAGGUCUGGUACAACAGCAUGUACUUUGACAGCGUUGAGGAUCUGGUAGAAAAGUAUGAAUCAGGUGGUGUAGAGAAGGUCAAACUGCCCGAUCAUGACGAUAAUGACCUCUACUCCACUUACAUCCCGCGGGGACAAAGCAGUACACCCACUGAUAUCCACGGGCCAAAGCUUGUUGAGCCUCAGGGGCAUCGCUAUUUUGUUGACCGCAACUUUGUCGAAUAUGCCGGAUGGUCUUUCGCCUACAGAGUCCGUUCAUCAGCUGGGCUUCAAGUCUUUGACCUCCGUUUUAAUGGAGAAAGAAUUGCCUAUGAGAUCAGCCUCCAAGAAGCUAUUGCCUUCUAUUCUGGUGAUACCCCCGCUGCCAUGCAAACAAAGUACAUUGACGCUGGCUGGGCAAUGGGAAGCUCAUCCUACGAGCUGGCGCCUGGAAUCGACUGUCCAGAAAUUGCCACCUUUGUUGACCUUUACCACUACUUUGACACGGACAAACCUGUGCACCACAAAAAUGCACUCUGCAUUUUUGAGAUGACCACUGCAAUGCCUUUGAGAAGGCAUUUCAAUUCCAACUACAAAGGAGGAUACAACUUCUACGGGGGGCUGGAAAACACUGUGCUGGUGCUGCGGACAACUUCAACGGUUUACAACUAUGAUUACAUCUGGGACUUUGUCUUCUACCAGAAUGGGGUGGUGGAGGUGAAGGUCAGCGCUACAGGAUACAUCCAUGCCACUUUUUUUACACCUAACGGACUUCACUACGGUACCAGGGUGUACAACUAUGUGCUGGGAAACCUGCACACACACCUCAUCCAUUAUAAAGUGGACCUGGAUAUUGUGGGUCGAGAGAACAGCUUUGAGUCGUUGGAUUUGAAGUAUGUCAACUUCACAAAUCCCUGGAGCCCGGAUCAUUUCGUCGUCCAGUCUAAACUCCACCGGACAGAGCGCAAGACCGAGCGAUCUGCCGCUUUCUCCUUCAACAAAAAGUUCCCCCGCUAUGUGCACUUUUACAACCCCAAUGAGAAAAAUAAAUGGGGGAACCAGAAGGGUUACCGUAUUCAGUUCAACUCACAUGCCCACAGUGUCCUUCCAAGAGGCUGGAGAGAGGAAAAAGGCAUCAGUUGGUCAAGGUAUCCUCUGGCUGUGACCCGCCAUAAAGAUAGUGAAGCGACCAGCAGCAGCAUUUUCGCCCAGAAUGACCCUUGGGAACCAGUUGUGUCUUUUGAGGACUACAUCCGCAACAAUGAAGACAUAGUCAACCAGGACCUGGUAGCCUGGGUGACGGUGGGAUUCCUGCAUGUGCCUCACUCAGAAGACAUCCCCAACACGGCUACGCCUGGCAACGCGGUGGGCUUCUUCCUCCGGCCAUUCAACUUCUUCGACGAAGACCCUUCGGUGGCGUCGAGAAGCACCGUCAUUGUCCGGCCGGGACCGGACGGCAAGUCCAAGGUCCAGAGAUGGACACCUGAGGUCGUAGGUCACUGUUUGACAGACAAGCCAUUCACGUACAAUGGCACAUAUGCAGGAGUCUAA